AUGCUUACAUGCAUAGCGCGUUCAAAGCAAUCCAGCGAUGAAUCUAUUGACCAGUCUAGUAAACAAUCCAUCAAAACUCUCACUUCUCAGAUCAAGGACAUAGCGUUGAAGGCGUCAGGUGCAUACAGCCACUGUACGCCAUGCACGACCCAGCCGACUCAGUUUCCGAAGAACGGGAGCUCUGGAGACUCCGACUCGGUUGCGUCGGACAGGUUCCGGUGGUCGUACAAGCGGACGGGGAGCUCGAAUUCGUCGGGGAGAAAGGAGUUGCAGAUAAGGCUGAAGGGAAUAUCAAGCGGCGAGGGGACACCGACGUCAGCGAGUGGCCGGCGAGUUGAUCCAGUCGUGUUCGUGGAAGAAAGCGAGCCGAAGGAGUGGGUGGCUCAGGUCGAACCCGGUGUUCUAAUUACCUUUCUGUCCCUGCCACGUGGCGGGAAUGAUCUCAGGCAAAUUCGGUUCAGUCGAGAAAUGUUCAACAAAUGGCAAGCUCAAAGGUGGUGGGCAGAAAAUUGUGAAAAGGUUAUGGAACUCUACAAUGUGCAGAGAUUAAACCGUCAAGCUUUUCCUCUACCAACAACUCCAAGAUCUGAGGAUGACACAAGUUCAAAGAUUGAAACUGCUGAAGCUAGUCCCAUAACACCACCAUUAGGUAAGGAACGGCUACCCAAUACUUUAUUACGACCAACUGGAACAGGAAUGGGAUAUUCGUCUUCAGAUUCACUUGAUCACCAUCCUAUGCAUUCUCGAUAUAACUAUGACUCUUGUGGUGUGGCUUCAACUCCAAAACUCUCAAGCAUUAGUGGUGCUAAAACGGAAACAUCAUCAAUGGAUGCCUCCAUGAGGACUACUAGCUCGUCUAGAGAUGCAGAUCGCUCUGGAGAGAUAUCCAUAAGCAAUGCGAGUGAUUUAGAAACUGAAUGGGUUGAACAGGAUGAACCUGGGGUUUAUAUUACCAUCAGGGCACUUGCAGAUGGCAAACGAGAACUCCGACGUGUCAGAUUCAGCCGGGAUAAAUUCGGGGAAAUUCAUGCUAGGCUAUGGUGGGAAGAGAAUAGAGCCAGGAUACAUAAACUAUACUUGUGA